GGCGUGCUCAGCUCGGGCCAGCACUGCGCGUUCGCUCUGGGGCCUCCAGCAGCAGCUGCCAGCGCGAGCUCCGUCACCAUCAGGGUUCUUCCCCCGCGCCCUCGGACUUUGCCUACGCGCCCCCACGGCCCAGCCCUCUUAUUCCCGGGCCCAGCUGGUUACGUGUGUCUCUCCUCCUCCUCUCACCCGUCUUGGGAUAACGUCGUGUUGUGUCGGGUGUGCCUCGGACUGUCGCGCAAGGAUAUUUUGGAGCAGCAGCUUUCAGGCAUCGGAUUAAAGGCUGGACAGGGCGCCUCUUGGACUUCACUUCGGGGGGCUCCAGAUGAGUGACUUUGGAAUCAAGAACAUGGAUCAGGUAGCACCUGUAUGCAACAUGUACAGAGGACUGCUCAAGCGUCAGCCUGCAUUUGAUAACUUCGAAGGUGCAAACUCUUUGUUUACUGGAUACUUUCCCUCGUUAAAUGAAGAUCAGACACUCCAGGAAGUGCCAACGGGCCUUGAUUCUAUUUCUUAUGAAUCAAACAGCUGUGAAUUGCCACUCCUAACCCCGUGCAGUAAAGCUGUGAUGAGUCAAGCCUUAAAAGCAACUUUCAGCGGCUUCAUCAAGGAACAGCGCAGACUGGGCAUUCCAAAUAAUCCAUGGUUAUGGACGCAGCAGCAGGUGUCUCAGUGGCUUCUCUGGGCUGCCAGUGAAUUUAGUUUGGCAAAUAUGAACUUUGAGAGGUUUGCCAUGAAUGGCCAGGAGUUGUGCAACUUGGGAAAAGAACACUUCUUGGAACUUGCACCCGAUUUUGUGGGUGAGAUUCUGUGGGAACAUCUGGACCAGAUGAUAAAAGACAAUCAAGAGAAACCUCAGGAUCAGUAUUUGGAAAAUUCUCAUCUCACUUCAUCUCCUCACUGGGUUAACAACAAUUCUUUAGGUGGUAACAUGGACCAGGCACAGUACUGUGCUCAAGUGCCCAGCUAUUCUAAAACUCUUAACUAUCAGAAAACUGGCCUUAUGAGUGAUUUAUCUGUGGGACCAAGUCUAGUUAAUUCAGAACAAGAAUUCCAGAUGUUUCCUAAAGCACAGCUAGAAGCACACAAUGUGAACUACUGCUCUGUGAAUCUGGACUUCACAAGAAACAAUUUGAAUUUAAUGUUAGAUAAUGCUGAUAAACCUAGAGACCAUCAUGAUUCAAGUGACAAUGGCACAGAAAGUUAUGAAGGCUUAGAUUCAUUGCUACGGUCUUGGAACAGCCAGUCCUCCUUAGUGGAUGUUCAACGUGUGCCAUCUUAUGAGAGUUUUGAAGAAGAUUGCAGCCAGUCCUUGUGUCUGAACAAACCCACAAUGUCCUUUAAGGACUACAUUCAGGAAAGGAGUGACCCUGUUGAGCAGGGGAAACCGGUUAUACCAGCAGCAAUUCUAGCAGGGUUUACAGGUAGUGGACCUAUACAGCUGUGGCAGUUUCUUCUAGAGCUUCUAACUGACAAAUCUUGUCAGUCCUUCAUUAGCUGGACUGGAGAUGGAUGGGAAUUUAAACUAGCUGACCCAGAUGAGGUUGCACGGCGAUGGGGCAGGAGGAAAAACAAGCCCAAAAUGAACUAUGAGAAGUUGAGCCGUGGCCUGCGCUAUUAUUAUGACAAGAACAUCAUUCACAAGACUUCAGGGAAACGCUACGUAUACCGUUUUGUAUGUGACCUACAGAACCUGUUGGGAUAUACAGCAGAAGAGCUCCAUGCCAUGUUAGGAGUGCAGCCAGACACAGAAGAUUGAGCAUUGCAAUCUUGUGGAACUUUGACAAACCACGUGAAAACACGCAAACUGUGAAUUGGGACCCUCUACUGCAGUCAUUGGUUUUAUCUUCUGGCUGCUUUGAGUGGUGCAGCUGUUACAGACCUUGAAAUGAUUCUGAAAUCGAGAGAAGUGGAAGGAAAGAAGAGUGGCCUUACUGCACUAGGCACAAUAGUUUCAGAUCUUGCUGCAUCAAUCAUUUUAAACAGCUUGGAGGUCAACACAGUUCCCAGCUGUACUUUGAAGAGAUGAAAGUUCUCCAGGGCUUAUUGGACUGGUUUUUUCACACUGCCAUGUAAUUUAGGGGUGUCACCCAUACCAAAGGCUGAUAAGCCAUCAGAAUUUCUAGCUCAAAAGAAGAAAAAUCACCACCAUACAGUAGCAGCCUUACAGGUGUCACUUGUGACAUAUGAUUAAGAAAAAAGGAUAGAUGUCCUUUUUAAAAACAGGUAGUGAGAUGACAUUGCAUUGGGCAUUCUCUCAAAUAUAUUUUUAUUACUAUACAAAAAUAAGUUGUGUAGCCUCAGAACCUUUUGUCAAAGCCAGUGAAGCAAUGGAAGAGAUCCCUCACAAGCAGGGAAAAAGCAUACCAUUUCAAAAUAUGUAUAUAUGUGUGUGUGUGAGAGAGAGAGAGAGAGAACACAUGGGUGUGGGUGUAUAUAAAAGCAUGUUCAUAUGACUCUCUGGCAAUUUAAUGUUCCUAUUUAAUAGAUAACAUAAUUUAAGCUAAUGGAAGUAUCUGAAAGAGGAAGUUAGUAAAUGUUUCAUUUUGGAACAACAGCACUUACAGCAUCCUGCAAGUAUUUAAUCUGCUGGUUAAUUGUGGCUGACAAACUCCAUGAAUUUUUUCCCAAGAGACUAAUACUAUGUUCUGGGGCAUUAAGACCCUCUUUGAUUUAUUCUCUGACUGAAAUUGAAAACAUUGUUUAAAAUAUUUAUUGAUGGUAUAUCUCUUUCACCUCUAUGCAUGUUAUUUCAAAAAUUAUAGAUGUCUCUUUUUUUCAGUUAAUAGCUCCUCACCCCUGCCUUCAUCUACUGCAAAUUGUCUUGAUUAAAAUAAGAAAUCUAUUUUUGGAAAUAAUUCUGGUUCCUUUUCAGCAAAUGGGAAAGAUAAGUAGCAGCUAUUUUUACUGCCAAAAGAGUUCACUGGAAAAAUGUAAUUUGUAAGAAACUUAUUUUUUAUCUGAGAUUGAAAAUUUGAACGUACAGUGUUUGGUUUAAACAUAAUUUUAUUAAAACAUAUUAAACAGA